AAAUAGAAUUCAUAAGACUCUGCGCAUCAGGAUGCGCACAGCGGUUAAAACCACAAUUCGAUGGAGGACGCCUUGUAAAAUUCAGGCUAUGAAGAGGAAUGAUAUAUUACUCACUUCAAGAUGGUGUAUGAUUUUGAUGUAAAGGAGUUUUGCCAAAACUUGAAGGCGACAAAGCCUCCGUAUGAAUGCCCAGUAAGAUCAUGUGGGAAAAUCUACAAAAGCUAUUGUGGAAUUCAGUUUCAUUUAUACAACUUUGAUCAUGACAAUCCAGAAAAUAACUCCCCUUCACCAGGGAAGAAACCUGGAAAGAAAAAGACGAAGUGGGGCCACCACAGGUCUAUGCGUCGGUCCCCUACACCACCAGAAUUUGUUGUCCCACAACGCAGAGAAACUCUUACAUAUGCUGAGGCUCAGAGACUGGUUGAAAUUGAUUUAGAGGGUAGACUUCACAGAAUAAAUAUCUAUGAACCUCUUGAAAUCAUUACUCAGGAUGAGAUUGACAACCACCACAACACAGAGAAAGAGGAAAAGGCUGAGAAAACUCCGCUAAAGACGAAGGUCAGUGAAACGCAGAAAGCUCGCAAGGAGCCACCACCCCAGGGUCAAUCUACAGUAAAAUUACCAGAGGCUCAGUACAAAGUCAUAGAUGAUUACAUCAAACCAAACAAGAUCUCAAACAGACAGAAUUCAUACUAUCGCUAUAUUGAGAAGUCGUCGGAGGAGCUGGAUGAGGAAGUGGAAUAUGACAUGGAUGAAGAGGACCAUGCCUGGUUAGAAAUCCUGAACAAAAGUAGGAAAGAAGAUGGCAUUGCUCAGGUCAAGCAAGAAGACUUUGAGUUGCUAAUGGACAGAUUUGAGAAAGAGGCCUUCUUUCAAAGUCAAACUUCAGGAAAGGACCUAGGUCCUUCCAUAGAUGAGGAUGCAGUGUGCAAUAUUUGUCAAGACGGUGAAUGCCAGAACAGUAAUGUGAUUUUAUUCUGUGACAUGUGUAAUUUAGCAGUGCAUCAGGAGUGCUAUGGUGUACCAUAUAUUCCAGAGGGACAAUGGCUCUGUCGGAGGUGUUUACAAUCCCCAUCUCGAGCCGUAGACUGUUGUCUGUGUCCAAACAAAGGUGGGGCAUUCAAGCAGACUGACGAUGGCCGCUGGGCGCAUGUCGUGUGUGCUUUAUGGAUUCCAGAAGUAGGGUUUGCAAAUACAGUGUUUUUAGAACCUAUAGAUAGUUUUGAUAAUAUCCCACCAGCACGUUGGAAAUUAUCAUGUUACAUUUGUAAGCAACGAGGUACGGGGGCAUGUAUUCAGUGUCACAAAACAAACUGUUAUACAGCAUUUCAUGUAACUUGUGCUCAACAAGCAGGACUUUACAUGAAAAUUGAACCUAUCAAAGAAUCUAGUGCUAGUGGAUUAACUGUGAGUGUUAGGAAGACAGUGUAUUGUGAUGUUCACACCCCGGCGGAUUCCGACUGCAUGCCUUGUCUCACCGGCGGCGACAGCUCCGAAGACGACAAUAAGUCAGCGUCAGCCAAAAAAGCCAAGGAAAAGUCCAAGUUAAAAAUGAAAAAGGCCCGAAAAAUCUUAGCAGAGAAACGUAAUGCUCUUCCUGUUGUUUCUAUACCCAUUAUUCCACAAUCCAGGUUGUCCAAAAUUACCAACAUGAUCAGCUUACCUAAGAAGCAGCCAUUCCUGACUAAGUUGUUGAGUUACUGGACAUUGAAGAGGCAGUCCAGAAAUGGUGUGCCCCUCCUUAGGAGGUUACAGUCAAAUCACAUGACCAGAAACAAGCAUGAGACCAAAAAUGAUAAACAGAGUAACGCCCUAAAAGAGCAGCUGAAGUAUUGGCAAAGGUUGAGACAGGAUCUGGAGAAGGCUAGACUACUGGUAGAACUGAUCAGGAAGCGAGAAAAACUCAAGAGGGAGCAGUUAAAGGUACAUCAGAUGGCUAUGGAGUUGCAGCUUCAGCCUUUUGCUGUGUUAUUGCGCUCCACUCUUGAGCAACUAGUGGAGAAAGAUUCCUCUAAUUUUUUCACAGAACCGGUGUCCCUUGAUGAGGUUCCAGACUAUCUUGAGUACAUAGAUAAACCAAUGGACUUUGAGACAAUGCGGACUAACAUUGACAGUCACAAAUAUCGCACAAUGGACGAGUUUGAGGCCGAUUUCGACCAGAUCAUUAGGAAUUGUAUGAAGUAUAAUGCUAAAGACACAGUGUUCUAUAGAGCUGCUGUCAAACUAAGAGAUCAGGGUGGGGCUGUUAUCCGGACUGCCCGGCGUACAGCGGAGAGGGUGGGGUAUGACCCUGCCACUGGUCUACACAUGGAAGAAGUACCAACUAUCCCGGAACCCGUUGUCUUAGAAGACAUUGAUAGCUUCUUAGAGGACAAAAAAGAUGGCAUGCCUCUUGAAGAACAGCUUAGAAUAUUGCUUGACAAAAUGGACGUGGCAAACUCCUCUAGAAAACCAGGUAAAUCUAAGUUAGCCAGACGGAUAAGGAAGGAGAUUGUGAAGGUGAGAAGGAAGCUGGCCAUUCAGAAAGGUCAGCACACCAGUGACCUAGACGACACGGCCGAAACAGCCUCAGACAACAAUGACGAAUCAGCACAAGAGGAUGGGCCUGAUCUCUCACACACGCCUAAGUCUCAAAAGUCAGCAGACAAGUCCACUCCAAAGGGAUCCUCCAAAGACACCCCAACAAGAGGGAGGGGCCGAGGGAGGGGGCGUGGUCAAGUGGGGCGGCCCAGAAAAAGCCGCAACGAUUCAGAAAGCGAGUCUCCUUUAGUAGGAGCUAGACUUAUUGAAAAGAGAAGGUCAUCUGACAGUUCAAGGACGACAGAAUCCUCCAGUACCUCCUCCAAGGACAGCAACUCCUCCCACCCAACACAGAGUGGGGUAAACAGGCGGACCUCUGUGUUGUUUGGGAAAAAGAACUUCCGCAACAAUAAGAAUAACGAUAGCUCUGCUCCUAGUUCUCCAGGAACUCCUACCCAACCCUCUACUCCACCCCGCAGGAAUUCCAAAGGUGGCCGCCCCUCAAAGCAGAAGGGGGACCAUACAGACUCCCCACAACCUCCGGUCUUGGAGCCCAUGACCUCGGGUCGCUCCUCCUCCAGAGGACCAACUAGUCCUAAGAGUCCAGGGGUCAGGAAACGCUCAGCUAGCGCGAUUACUUCCCCUGACAGAGAGUCCAGACCAACUCCACCGAAAAGAACCACCUCUCUGAGCGAGCCCUUGUCGUUCUCUGACCCACCAGACAUCACAAAGAGAGACAGUUUUCGCUACUACCGAGGUCCAGACAAUCUACGCAGCUCGUCCGAGUCAGACAGCACCUCUGUGAUCAGUUCCAGUGAUGAGUCUCUAACAGACAGUUCCCUCGGGAGUUCAAGUUCUAACAGUCGAUCAGAAGUAAAUUCAAAUGGACUCCCCAAAUUAUCUGAGGAGGGAACGGAGAGUGAUUCCUCUGCCUCCCCCGCCACACGUCACCAUGCACCUGAUAAUGGAUCAGGGUCAACUAAGCUCUUAAAUAGUGGUGUUUUGCUGCGGAACUCUGUUACUAACAUACCUGCAUGCUCCUGCACCUCUCUCCCUGCUUCCUCGCAUGCCAAGCUUGUGUGUGAACCAGAUUGUAUAGAGAUAUUUUUGGCUGAUCGUUGUGACAAGGCUAUUAGCCUGGGUACAAUGAAUCAGACUGGGUCUAAUUUGAUUGAAAAUGUUAUGGGGGUUCAAUCCUAUAACCUCAGGUCAGGGAAAAUUACCCCUCCAAGAAGAGCUUCAGGAAAGACUGGUGAGAAAGCGGCUUCCAAUGCGAGCCUGUCGAAGAAAAUGAGACCAGGACACAGCAGAAAUGGAAGUCAGGUCAAGAAGCCACUGACUAAAGUUGAAACUGAUUUGAAUUGUAGAAGUGUAUCCAAAAAAUGUCCUUAUUGUGAAAAUACUUUUCAUUCUGACUUAAGUUCAGUUAUUUUUGACGAUGCCAAAAAUGCACGGUCUCUAAGACCAAGAGUUUCAAAGUUUAUACCAAAGAAAUUUCAAGAUUCUCCAAAUCUGAAGAAUUUUAAAUGCCAAGACCUAGGUAGUGUACAAGACAAACCUGUCACUUCACCAGAACAGACCUGGGUGUUAUCCCAACUCAUACAUAUCACAGACUGUAAACUGAGGCCCAGAAAGGGGUCUAGUGAUCUCAAUCAAUCGGACACUGACAGUACCAUAUUUCCACACUCAGACACAAGUAUAACAGGUGUGAACAAAGCUGACAUGCAUCAAGGACGGGCACAUCGGAGUGGAAGCUGUGACUCCGAAGACUUGAUCCCGCUGGAGCCCCUUGACCUAGUUUGGGCUAAGUGUCGGGGAUACCCUUGGUACCCAGCAUUGAUUAUAAAUCCGAAAAUGCCAAAAACGGGUUACUUUCACAAUGGUGUACCGAUACCAGUUCCACCUGAUGAUGUUCUAGCUCUCCAGAGAAAGUACGAUGAGCCGGUCUACCUCAUACUGUUCUUUGACACCAAACGCACAUGGCAAUGGCUACCGAGGAAUAAGUUGGAACCACUAGGAGUGGACUCUGGACUAGAUAAAGCUAAAUUACUAGAGAACAAAAAACCCAACGUCAGGAAAGCUGUUCAAAAGGCUUACGAAAAGGCGAUCCUCCACAGAUGUAGUGUCACAGGAGAACCGAAUCCACUGUCAGGGGACUCAGAAUUAGAGGACCAGGAUUAAAUACUAAAAAUACCUGUCAGGUGUGGAACCAAACUUGGACAGUGUCAAAGGUCUGGGGAUUCAGAAUCAGAGAAACUAGGACUAAGUACAUUUGUACAGCAGUCAGGUGUGAAGUCGCACAUUGACAUUGAGUUUACUUGCUUUCACACCAAGAUAUGAGCAGGCACCGCAGUCUUUUAUCCUACUUUUUCUUGGACAUAAAAAUAUUUUGGAGUUGUGAAAAAGGCUAAAAAUGGCAAGUGUGGUCUCAGAUGGACAAACAAGACAAGAUUCUCACUUUUCUAAACAGGAAGCUUCAUGUAGAUUCUUAUUUUCUUAUCUUAGAGCUUAAAAUCUGAAUGUUUGGAGGUGACUUUGUGGAAUAUUAUAAAUAGCUGUAGUUUUCAGUGCCGUGUAUUUUUAAUGAAUUGGAAUUACUAAAGUAAUCUAGAUCUUUACUUAUUAUGAAUUUGAAUAUUGAAAUCCUCCAUGAAAAAUGAAAUUUGAUUCUUUUGCCAUUAAAUGGCAUGAACAAGUAAAUAUGUACAAAUUUUAAUGAACAAAUUAUUCUAUGGACCCUUUUCUUAUGAAAAAGAAAAAAAAAUGUACUUGCAUGUUCAUUUUAAAGAAAAUCAAAGAAAUGUUAUUUAUUGUGAUGGAUGAUAAUAGAGAAUUUUUAACUGAAUGUGAGAGGAUUGUAUGUCUGAUUAUCAGUACUUCACCCCCAUCUCUCACCGAACAAAGAAAAUUGCAAAAGUAACUCAUCCAAUUGAAAGGUGACCUGCUAAGGAGAUACGAUUUGAUCAUUGUAAUGUAUGUCAUCUGAUGUGUAUGUUUUACUAGCUAGGCAACAUGGUCCUGUCUGUUCUAUUGAUUGUUACUAUUUAUUGUUUCUUUAUAUAAGUCAUUUGUUUUGGUGUUAAGAACUUCAUUUUGUAUGUAUAUCUGUUGUUAUUGAUGGUUCAAAGUAUGUACAGGUUUGUCCAAAAAUUAUAUAACAGAUUUUAUUGGAUCAAAUGUUAUUUGUACGUCUGAAUUGUCAUUUGAUGCCUCAUUCACAUACAGACUAAUGUUUUGUUUUGUUUUUUUUUUAUUCUUUUCAAAAUUCAUUUUUUUUUUGAGUAUGUGGUGCAGUUAAAAGUAGGAUUCUUGGUAACAAGGAAUAACCCUUGUAAUGAAAAGAAAAAAAAAUUAAAAGCAAUACCCGAUUUUUUUUUUAAUUACUGCCAUAUUCAAUUUCCAUCUCCAGCAGCAUUUCCUCAUUAUUUUAUUCAAACAUAUUUUUAAUGAACUUGUGUUUUGUACAGAGAAUAAAUUGUAUGAAUUAUUUUA